AAGUGACGCGCCAGCCGCGCGCCCCGGCAGGCGGUUGCGAGAUGGCGGCGGCCGGGGCCGCCGUUACGGUCACCGUCACUUACAGCAAUGAAAAACACAGUAUUCAGGUUGCUUCUCCACAGGAAGAUAGUGAACCUACACUACAAGACAUGGCUCUACUUAUUGAACAAGUCACUGGUGUUCCAGUUCCAUUUCAGAAACUUAUAUACAAAGGAAAGUCUCUGAAAGAAUUGGAACAACCGUUGUCAGCACUUGGUGUUAAAAACGGUUGCAAAGUCAUGUUGAUUGGAAAAAGGAAUAGUCCAGAAGAAGAGGCUGAAUUAAAGAAGUUAAAAGAUCUGGAGAAGUCAGUGGAGCAAAUAGCUAAUAAGUUAGAGGAAGUUAAUAAAGAGUUCACAAGUAUCCAGAAGGGAUUUUUGGCAAAGGAUCUGCAAGCAGAAGCUCUAAAACAGCUUGACAAGAGGAUAAAAGGAACUGCAGAGCAGUUCAUGAAGAUCCUGGAACAGGUUGAUGCCAUUAAUCUGCCAGAGAAUUUCAGUGAUUGCAAACUAAAAAAGAAAGGGUUGGUGAAAAGGGUUCAGGCUUUUCUUGCCCAGUGUGAUACUAUUGAAGGAAAUAUUGGACAAGAAAUGGACAAGCUACAGUCAAAGAAUUUGGCACUGGUGGAAUGAGGAGCAUUACCCUACAUAAUUAGGAACCAUAAUUGCUCUAUGAGCAAGAAGAAGAGUUUGCUCUUUGUUUUGGAGCACAUAUUCAGCUUGUUUUUUUUCUUAAAGCUCAGUCUGUUAGACUGGUACUAGUCAAUCAUUUCUUGCUGGUUGUCUUGUUUGCCGCUUGGUUAGACCUAUUAUUUUGAAAAGAAAAUCCUUCCUGAAGAAUCGCAGAAGUAAUCUUUGUGGUGAAUUGUUAUGUAUUGUAUGGACAAUUGUUUACUUAACUAUGUUACAACGUUUGCAAUGAUGGGCAAUAUUUUCUGAUGUCUUUGAAUUUAUUUACAGCUCAAAUCAAAGAAGGUCUAUAACCAUACAAGUGCCAUAAGUUGCAAUUUUAGGGCUUCAGCUUGAUGGGAAAAGGCAAACUGAGACAACAUCCGGGAAAGUUCAGCGUUGGACUGGUAGGCAGUUCAGAGCAAUAAAAAAAAAGAAACCUACACAUUUGUAUUUACUUAAUGUUUGUAUGCAUUUAUAAAUAUAAGAAAGCUUGACUAUAAGGGAGUCGUACCUAUUUUAGCCUUAAAUUGUCAUAAUAAAUGGAAUGUACUGUAA